GGACAGCCGCGCGCGUGUCCCGGUCCGCAGACAGGCUCGCGUACCCGGGAGCGAGAGGGCGAUCGCUUCGGGCGCGGAUGAGAGGGCAGUUUCAGAGGAAAACCACGGACUGGGGUAGACGAGCUGGGGCUCCUCGGAGCGGAGAAAGAGGAAACACCACCCCUAAAUAUUAGCGAGUGUAGUGGUCGAGGCAUCUGCAAAGGCGGUAAUGGCCCGUAUUCAUUCGUUUGCAAGCGUGAACUUCUUGCCUGAAGACUAUAAAAACUAACUAGCUUGAAAAUGGAAAACCAAGAAUCAGCGGAGUCUUCUCAAAAUACCAAACAGUCUAUUAUUUCAGAGGAGUUAAUUUCAGAAGGAAAAUGGAUCAAGUUUGAAAAAACAACUUACAUGGAUCCUACUGGUAAAAUAAGAACCUGGGAAACUGUGAAACGUACAACCAGGAAAGGACAGUCGGCUGAUGGUAUGAGCGCAAACCCAUCACAGCUCUUCAUAAAGGAAGUCACCACACAUGAUUGUAGGAGGCCAGGUGUGGCGGUUAUCCCGGUGCUGCAAAGAACUCUUCACUACGAAUGUGUUGUUCUGGUGAAACAGUUCCGACCACCAAUGGGAUGCUACUGCCUAGAAUUCCCCGCAGGUCUCAUAGACGAUGAUGAAAGCCCAGAAGCAGCUGCCCUCCGGGAGCUUGAGGAGGAAACUGGCUAUAAAGGUGACAUUGCUGAAUGUUCUCCAGCUCUAUGCACAGACCCAGGUUUGUCAAACUGUACCACACACAUGGUGACAGUGACCAUCAAUGGAGAUGAUGCUGAAAAUGUAAGACCUAAGCCAAAGCCAGGAGAUGGAGAAUUUGUGGAAGUAAUUUCCUUACCAAAGAAUGACCUGCUGAAGAGAAUUGAUGCUCUGGUAGCCGAGGAACAUCUGACGGUGGAUGCCAGGGUUUAUUCCUAUGCUCUGGCCCUGAAACAUGCAAACACGAAGCCGUUUGAAGUGCCCUUCCUCAAGUUUUAAGGCCAAAGGACAAUGGCCAUGCUUUUAUAAACAAAACCACCAGGCCUCCUUCACUAAGACUUUGUAUUCAGCUUUAGUCUAAUGUAGAUUUGAAAUUAGCUUUUUCAUAAAAUAAAAGCAACACAGAAUGCAUGUGGUGGUAUGGAACUGUAAUUAUAGAUAGGCUAUAGCCUUCAUUUAAAUGUUAAACUCCAGCUAUGUUAAUGAAAAAGAACAUAAAUGCGGUAUGUUUAAUCCAAUUUUUUUUUAAAGCUUAGCUUUUAAUUAUAGUAUCUAGCCCAGGAGAUCUGUAGAAAUAUCAGUAUUUCUACAGGAAAAAGACCUGAAUUCCAGAUUAGGGCUACUCCCAUUCUCAUCCCCCAAUAUAAAAUUCUGUAGCUAGGUGUGCAAAUAACUAUUUACUGUAUUAGUGUUCGAACAGUUUUUUUUAAACGGCCCUUUCUUGCCCUUCCUAAUUGAAUUGUCUGCUGUGUGGAAUUAAUCUGUGUAGCAGAGGAAGUAAAAUCAAUAGAGAAUGACAUUUGAAACAAGCAAAUGUUUAUACUUAGCAAGUAUCCUUAUGUCCCCCUGGCUACUGAAGGUGAAAAGUGGUUGAUUCCAUUCACUAUCCCAAGGGGAAGAAGCUCAUGAAAACACAGGACCCUUCUCUCAAGCAUGUGUGCACACUUAAAAACCUCAUUUCCUAUCCUUAAAUCAAAAAGGACUGGAAGUUUCUAAAAAUCAAAUCCACAUGGUUUGGGGCAUUACUGUGUUGGUGUUAAACCACUAUAAAGGAAAAAAAAGGAUUGUUUCUGGCUCUUGUUAUGCCUAAAAACCCUGUCAUCCAAAAGGUCUGCCCGUGUUACUGGGCCCUUUUCUUAUCUCCUGACUGCACUUGGCUCUUCUGUUGGCUUUCAAAGCCUCCACCGGCUCCAGGAGUAUUGUCCUUGCAGGUCAGCACCCAGCGAAGGCUCAGGAUGCUGCUCAGUGCAAGCCCUGGACACAGGCCCCUCAGAACCAGACAACGUCAGGAUACUAAUGCCAAAAAUGCUGCAAUAGAAUAGAGUUCCUUUGUCUACAGGGACACCAUCUUAUCCAGACAUACUUUUAUCAGCAAAAAUAUAAGAUAUUUAUAUUGUACUUUUUAAACAAUGAUGGAAUGAAUUAUGGAACUAGGGUACUGUACAGAUCAAGUCUCCUCUCCCUGUAAACAUGAAAAUAAAGCCCCAACUACUUGCUCUUAAUAAUAGCCUUGCCCUAUGCCUCUAAACCUUUUAUAAAAGCUCUUUUUUUAAUCAUAAGGCAUCAUGAUUCUCCAGAGAUCUUCAUCCUCUUCCCUAAGCUCUCAAGGACCAAAUCCUAUAAUCUCCCUUGUUACUACCCUCAAAAAUCAAGAAGAGAUAAGGCAUAUAUAAAUAUACAACUGGAGCACAGACUAGUCUUUCCAAACAGACCAGCUCUUCCAGAGCUGUUACCCGCCAAAAUUGAAAAACCUAGUUGAUGGAGGAGAGAUACAUGUAACCACUGCCUGUCCUUUCUGCCUUUUUCUCUUCCUAAGGGUUCAAUUCAGCUAAAUCCUACCUAGCUAAUCCUAAUGCCACCUAUGUUAUGUAUAAACAUCAAGGCUAGGCUUGGAAAAUAAGUCAGUUUGAGAACUACCAGUCUGGAUGUUUUCAUUGGCUGACACUGUUAAUUUGUCACCUUGUAAAGCUGAAGGUCUAUAAAAGGCCUGAUUUCCACCUUGAAACUUCCAUAUAGAUAUAGUAAAACUGGGUCGGCCUGUACUUCCAUGGUAACGGCGGUCUGAGGCCAUUAGGAGGUGCUCUCCAGUUGAUACUAUACCAUUCUGCCUGCCUUUAUUUGAACUGACUUUCCCCUGUACUUAUCUGGCUUUGUCAUCUUAAGCUAAAGAAGAUAUACUUUCUGCACUUUUAGUAAGAAAUUAGGAAUGGAAAAGGAUGUCUUCCAAAAAUUAAGUUUGCUCUUUAAACAAUAAAGCAAAUACUUAAAAAAAUGA